CACUGAUUUCGUGCGCCGUAGUACGGGUCCGUAUAUAAGACAGCGCAAGUUCCCUAUAGCAGUUGUCAGUUCAACUCUGUCUGUCUGUUCAUCAUAGGUGCUGCAACAUGGCUCAGUUCAACGGAAAAUGGGAAAUCGAGUGCAGUGAAAAUUUCGGUGAUUAUAUGACAGCCAUUGGAGUUGAUGCAGAUAAGCAAGCAGAUGCCCAAAAGUUUCUUGGAGAUGGCUCCAAACUGACGUACGACAUCAGCAACUCCGGAAAUGAUUGGGUUUUCAAGAUAACAACAGCCGCAGGUGAAAAAGAGGUCAAAUUCACCCUGGGUAUCGAGUUUGACACUACUACCCUAGAUGGAAGACCAGUUAAGGCGGUGUUCUCAAUGGAUGGUGAUACCCUCGUAGAAAAGCAGACGGGGCCAGGCUUUGAGACGACCAACAAGCGGACAGUGUCUGGGAAUACAUUGACCAUGGUCUUGACUGCUGGCAAUGGAGUCUCCUGUACGAGGAAAUACAAGAAACUAUGAAAUGUGAACAAAUAGUAGUACAUGGAUUGACAGGAUUAUCUUUGUCUUAGCAAACUUGAUGUUCAUAUGUAUUUAGUUAGCUUAUUCAUCAUAACAUGUACUUUAUGUGUACAAGUUAAAAUUAUUUAUAUUUAUUGUGAUGCGCUAUUUAUGUGUCUGAAUGUAAUGCAAAUAAAGCACGUGUAUAUAUGUUGUAAUAAAAAAUUGAACCAA